AUGGCCGUCUUCACUGGAACGACUUCUGGCUCAGCCAGUGGGACUACUGCGCAGAACAUUACGAUUGACAAGACUAAGAUUGUGAGAACAUCCGGUAACUCGGUAUCCAUUUCGACCUUCACCGCGCCAAAGCAACACGAGCUGGACUUCAUUUUGCGUAAUAAUGCAGAUCUCGAAGCAAAGCUCAACGCCAACUUUAACGACUUUAUGACGGCCGGGAUUCCGGUCAAUAAACGGACGAAUCUCGAUUUGAUCAACAUUUUGUAUUAUAUUUCGUUGUUCGUCAAUUCCACCCAAGAGCUUCGAGUUCGCAGUAUCGAUGCCCAAAUUUCCAUUGCAUUAGACUUUUUCGAGCGUUUUUGCCACCAACAUGAAAUUUCCCUUGGGAAGUACAAGGUCGAUGCCCAUUUUACGUUAUGCAUCCGUCCCCCGGAAGAUCCAUUGUAUCAGAUCACCUCGUAUUUUCUUAACAAUUUCUCGAGUGUCCCUCCGGUCGCUGAACGUGUAUCCACUGAUAGUAUUACCCACAAUUCGGACCUCUUUGGUGGCGUGUAA